AAGGCAGAAGGACAGAAUGAAAGGGGAAGGAGGAUGAAGGAAGGAACAGAAAGGAAGAAAGGGGCAAUGACCAAUGGAAAUAAGUGGAAAGAUAUCUCUAAAGUUAGGACUGAUGAUAUCUGGCUUAAAUGUAUAAGCCAUGAUGUAUGACUGAGGUUACCCAGGACAACAGAGACAUGGGAAUAUCAAUUCAGAAAAAAGCUAUCAUGGAAGAAAUUAUUCAAGGCGCACUGGAUGAUUUUUCUCAAACUAAGGAAAUUCUGAGAUUGGAGCAGGCAAAAAAGAAUCUUGAAAACCUGAACUUGGAUCUUGAAAGGGAUAUGCUGAACCUAGAUGAGGCAAACCAGGCUCUUCUUGUGCAAAUCCGAGAGAAAGAACUACAGAUUCAAAGUCUAGAAAAAGAGAUCACCAAGUCGAUAGGCCUAGCUGGGGAAAGAGAUGAAUUUAACCUCACAGCAUAUGAGAGGGAGGAAGAACUGAAAAACCUGGAAUUGGAAACCGCAAAACUGGAAAGGAGUAAUGAGAUUCUGACUAAGAAUGUGAAUGAGCUGCGGGUGAAGCUUUCCAGGAAAACACCAGAGAAUUUGAAAGAAGUUGAAAAAGAAAAUCUAAAACAGAUGUUGGAGGAAUCAAAGGUGAGAUUACAAAAAGCCACAGACUUCUGUACAGAACAGGAAAAGGAACUGGCUAAGGUAAUAUCUGAAUGCCAAUCUGUGGACCAACUCUGUAAAGACCAGGCUUACUACAUAAAGAAAUACCAAGAAAUCCUGAGGCUGAUGGAGAAUGAUAGGGAGAUGCUGCUCCUUGAGACAGAAAUAAAAAAAGCCCAGAGCAUAUACAGUAAAUCUGAUUUGAUUCUGGAAGAGAACUUAUUCAAAAAAUUGCAAAGACAUUUUUGGUUCAGGAUUGCCCAGUUUGUCUUCUUGAUAAUCCUGUUCUUCACGAGGAUGCUGAGCUUUGGGUUUUUGUAUCUUCAUUUAAUAAAUCCAGAUUUUGUCCUGAACAAUCUGCCCAAGAUUAUGGACAGAGACACCUUGUGGAGACUGAGGAACUUUCUACUUCCAUCUCUCAAUCUCCAAGCAGAGGACUUUUUGCCACACUAGUUCAAGGUCAGGCCCUUCUCUUCAGAAGGUCCCAAGCCUCUCCCAAACAGAAGUGACAAGCAGUCACACCCAGACUUUGGGUGAGAAUGGAAGGGUCACAAGGUUGGACAGCAAGAGUUCUCUUCAGAGUUGUUCACAGUGCCCUGGUCCUCUGUCCUCUGUAUUCAUUUUCUUUUGAUUCCCAUUAUGAUUUCUCUCUUCUAAUAAAAAACAUGAUCAUUUA